GUGAGAUUUAAAAGAUGAGACACUAUUUAAAUGGUACUUAGUAGCUUAUUGAGUUUUGCCAUUAUUGCAAAUCCGUCGGGUAUUAAUUUAUUAAAUUCAGUCUUACGGUUGCAGCUCAAUUUGCCAGUACCUCAGAUAAACCUUCAAUUUAUUGUCGGAUGUCAACUUGGUUCAACUACUUUGAAAUAACUGCAGCUGUGGAAAAUUCCACCAAAAACGAUUUGUUAAACGUAAAUUAAUUGAUUAAAGGAAAUAAAUAUGGCGAUCGAUAUUUUAAAGAAACAGGAACAAGCACGUCAAAUUCGUUAUUCACGAUCAAAAUUUCGCCGCAUCAACUCUUUGGAUCAAAUACCCGAAGAUCCUGGCCAGGAACAGCUCGCGCAUUCAACCAAUACCAAUACAAAUCCAGCCUUGGGUCAUCAAUCACAGCUGGUGCGCCGAUCACCGCGUACGAUUUCUGCUUCUAUGCGACAAGUUUUACUCUUUUGGCCACAAUUGCUGAUCAAUUUAACUUUUACGAUCAUACGGUAUAUCCUUUAUAUACCGCUAUCGAUAGCGGCACCAAGUUUUUGGUUGUCAGCUUUAUUGUGGAUCUUUUGGAAGUUCGUUCGUAUACCUGUGGCUUUUAUUAAGUGGAUGUUAAAUGUCGACUCUUUGAUGGAUGUAUCAACGGAUGGACCGCAACGUAAUAGACGCACUGUACUAAUUAGUUGUGGAAGUACAAUUCAAACAUUACAUCUGGCACGUAACUUUUAUUCCUCCGGUUCUCGUGUGGUGGUUUUCGAGUUCGAAGGGCUCUUUGGACUGGCACGUUUCUCCACCGCCGUCGACAAAUUCUACAUAGUCCCACGACCAAGUCCAAAUAAUGUAGACAGCUACAUAACUGCUUUGUGUCAGAUUGUUAGCAAAGAGAAGCCUUCGGUUUAUAUACCGGUUUGCGCAACGAGUCCUGCCUAUUACGAUGCACUUGCUAAACAACAUUUGGAACUACUUGGCUGUGCCAGUUUCAUACCGGGUAUGAAUGAGACCAACGUUUUAGACGAUUGUUUGGAAUUUUUCAAAAAAUGUACAGCUCAUAAUAUUGUCGUGCCACCCCACUCUGUACUCACUUCCCCAAACGAUCUUCAGCAAUUGUAUGAGAACAAUUUCAUCAGCAAUUUUCGAAAUAUCCUAAUGGCGGUCGGUUUUCAAGGCUUAGUUGAACGUUUCAAAUACCUACUACCAAAUAAUAGAGUGGAAUUCAAAUUUAAUCAUGAAAUAAGUGAAAAUGAAAAGUGGAUUGUGAUACGCGAUUUGCCGGGUGAACAUUAUAUUACUUGCACAACCGUCAAAGACUCACGAGUUGUUUCGAAUGUUACUUGUAAAGUAGAGCAUGAAACGAAAAAUUUGAUACCUGUAACACCAUUGCACGCACAUGGUACCCCCGUAGUGUCCGACGAAGCUCAAAUUGACUUUUGGCUAAAAACAUUCUUCGCCAAAGUGCGCUUCCAGCGUAGCAUCAAUGGGCACAUGAGCUUUCGUCUGAUUAAGUGUCAAGGCACAACGCAGUUCAUUCCACUCGGUGUACGUGUCGGUGUCUCAUUACCAUAUAUCUGCUAUAAUCGAUCUCAUGCUCAAGUACUCUGCCGCACUAUGAAAUGCAUACAUCGAAGACAAUUAAGUUUUACAAGUCCAGAUGAGGAGUCGGCGCUCGGUGCGUUGACAGCCAAUUUCCGCUGGAGCUCUAUUGAACGCUCCACUCCGACCACAGUACUUGAUAAGAGGGAAGCUCUAUUCGCCUAUUGGGAUCCAUUGCCAUAUUGUGCUUACUACCAUUUCCAAUUGCCUCUUAAAUCCGUCAAGACGUUUUUGCAACGUCGCCAUCGAUCGACGAAAACUUUAUCGCCACGCAUAACAAUGCCAGUUCAUUGAACGUCGUGUCGUGUUGUGCAACGUGUGUGCACCCAGAUGAUGAUAUGCUGGAGCAUUGAUAAGCAAUAAUAUUUUGCUCCGUUUUAUAACGGUUAUACAGUUAAAGGCGCUGUCCCUAUUAUUACGGAUCGCGUUCAUUGCAAAAACGAACGAAUAAGAGAACUUAUUCCUGAGUGUUUUAUAUAUACAAGCAUAUGUAUGUCGUAAUAUAUGUCCGUAUAUUUGUAUAUUAACAACUAUUUCUGAUACGAAUCUAAAUGAUGAUUAAGGUCAUUUUGGGUUAAGUAUAUAAGGUAGAAAAAGUCGGCAAAACAAUAAAUUUGCUAGAAAUUAUGCGCAGGGGGCCAGAGUGAGAGAGAUGAAAUAGACUGAAGGUGCUGAUGAAAUUAAAUGUCAUAAAUAUAAUGGUGAUUUUUAUAUUAAUAUAAUUUCAAAUAAUAUACUUAUGUAUAUUAUUAGUAUGUAGUAUGUAGUAACGCUAUAUUUGUACAUACAUCUGUAUGCAUUUACAUAAUACCCUUUAUUUUCAUAAUAUUUAUUUUUACUAGAGUAUAAGUCACAGGGUUAAGAAUUUAGUUUAUAACAAAUGUGUAUAUCUUAUUUUUUAUAAGCCAAAUAAAUCGUCUUUCAAACAUUUGAA